AUGAUGUGCAGCCAGAUACGUUCUACGAUUUUUGUCUCUAUUCAAAGUCGUUUCCUUUUAGGGGUUAUUCUUUGACUCCUAUAUAUCAUCAUCAUGAUCAUGAUCAUGAUCAUCUUGUCUAUAUCUUUAUGAUCUUCCAUAACUCAUCCUCAAGAAUCUGUCAAUGAUGUUUUAUUUCCCGUGUUUCCGCUCGAGUUCAGACGUCAACGACAAGCUAGUGAAUGAUAAAGGUGGAGACAAGGCUUCGACAUUAAGGUUGUUUUCGUACGAUGAGUUGAACGUUGCUUGUCAUGGUUUCAGUUCCAAGAACAAAGUUGGAGAGGGAGGAUUUGGGGCUGUCUACAAGGGUCGACUCAGUGACGGGGCUAUCGUGGCGAUAAAAGUGUUAUCUGUUGAACUCGAAUCAAUGAGAGGCGAACGUGAAUUCAUAUCUGAAAUCGCUGCACUAUGUGAUGUUCAACACGAAAAUCUUGUAAAUCUUCACGGUUGUUGCGUUGAAGGAGCCAAAAGAUGUUUGGUAUAUGAUUAUAUGGAAAACAAUAGCCUUGCAUACCGAUUUCUAGGUGGUGAGCAAAGUAGGAAUAGUUUUAGUUGGACAAGGAGGAAGAAUGUUUCAUUAGGAGUUGCUAAAGCAUUAGCAUAUCUUCAUGAAGAGAAAAUCCCUCAUAUAGUUCAUAGAGAUAUCAAAGCAAGCAAUGUACUUCUAGAUCAUGAUUUUAAUCCCAAAGUUGCGGAUUUCGGGCUUGCAAGAUUGUUUCAAGACGACACGUCUCAUAUUAGUACACGUGUUGCGGGUACAUUAGGGUAUCUUUCACCAGAGUAUGCUAUUACCGGGCGUUUGACCAGAAAAUCCGAUGUUUAUAGCUUUGGCGUAUUGCUUCUAGAAAUCAUAAGUGGACGGUCAAUCGUAGAGUUUGAUAUGGAACAUGGAGAACAUUUCUUGGUUGAUAAGGCAUGGGAUAUGUAUAAUUGUGAUCGUUUGGUGGAGCUAGUGGACCCGGUAUUGUUGACAGGUGACGAUGAGAGGUUAAAAGGCGAAGCAGUGCGGUUCAUGAAGGUUGGGUUACUGUGUGUUCAAGAGGCCACAAAGCUUAGGCCUGGAAUGUCUGUAGUCAUUAAGAUGUUGAGUGAUGAAACGAGUGUAGAAGGAAUGAAGAUUUCGAAACCGGGGUUUUUGGCUGAUCUCAUGGCUGUCAAAAUUGAUAAGAAAAGUUCCACAAGAAGUUUUUGAUGGUUAGUUGAUGUCUAGUUUUGGUACUAACUUAUGUAAGGCAUAAUAACGUAUGUAAAUAAUAUGUAGAAAUAGUUUAGCUUCCACCCUGGUGUAUCUAUGCCUAAUUUAUCGUAUGUUUGUAUUCAUUUGAGACCCUAUCACUAUACAUAUUGUAUUCUUGAAGCUUAA